AAAAAAGCAGCCAAAAUACCUCUCUCUUGUCCAAUGGGAAUAGAGAAAGCAACAACCUGUGAAGGAGUAAAAAAACAAGGGAACGAGAUUCAUUUGGGCCGGUUUAAAAAGGGGCCACGUACGUCACUUGCUCACUCACGAAGCUUCUCUCCUGGAUCCAAGAUGCUGUGGAUCGGACUACUCCUGUGCGCCUUCAUUUCGAACGGAUUGUGCGCCUCGGUGGUUAAAAGGCAAGUGGCAGCUGACACACAGAACGAUGCCGAAUUGUGCAAAGGUCGAUCACCGACCGAAUACUUCCGAUUGACAGCCGAUGAGGAUUGCCGAGAUGUAGUUCGUUGUUCUGUUCAGGGACUUCUUGCUUUGCGUUGUCCUUCUGGAUUGGCAUUUGAUAUCGAAAGUCAGACAUGUAACUGGAAAGCUAAUGUCAAGAAUUGCCAACAGUUGGAAAAACCAAGGCUAGCAACACCAUUGCUCGCAACAGAUGAACCCAUUUGUGAAAAGGGCAAAUUGGCUUGUGGAAAUGGAGAAUGUAUACAAAAGGAAUUGUUCUGUAACGGAGCUCCCGACUGUCCAGAUGGCUCCGACGAAAACGCUUGCACUGUCGAUAAGGAUCCAAACAGAGCUCCUCCUUGCGAUCAAAAUCAAUGCGUUCUUCCUGAUUGUUUCUGUUCUCCUGACGGAACUCAAAUCCCCGGCAAACUGGAACCAAACACAGUUCCUCAGAUGAUCACCAUCACUUUUGAUGAUGCUGUCAACAACAACAAUAUUGAUAUCUACAACAGAAUCUUCCGAGAAGGUCGUAACAACCCUAAUGGAUGCCAAAUUAAAGGAACCUUUUUCGUAUCCCACAAAUACACCAAUUAUUCAGCUGUGCAGGAACUCCACAGAAAAGGACACGAAAUUGCAGCACAUUCAAUCACACACAGAAACGAUGAGAAAUACUGGAGUGAAGCCAACGUUGAAACUUGGGCUAAAGAAAUGGCUGGUGUCCGUCUCAUCAUCGAACGAUUUUCUAACAUCACUGAUAACUCAAUUGUCGGUAUUCGAGCACCAUAUUUGAGGGUAGGAGGAAACAACCAAUUUUUCAUGAUGGAAGAACAAGCUUUCCUUUACGAUUCUACCAUCACUGCCCCUUUGAGCAACCCUCCUCUUUGGCCAUACACCUUGUACUUCCGUAUGCCCCACAGAUGUCACGGUAACGGACAAAAUUGCCCAACUCGAUCUCACGCAGUUUGGGAGAUGGUGAUGAAUGAGUUGGACAGAAGAGAUGACCCAUCUUUCGACGAAGAACUAGCUGGUUGUGCUAUGGUAGACAGUUGCAGCAAUCUUCUGACAGGAGAACAAUUCUACAACUUCCUCAACCAUAACUUAGAAAGGCAUUACAGAACCAACAGAGCUCCUCUUGGUCUCUUCUUCCACGCUGGAUGGUUGAAACUUAACCAAGAAUUCAACGACGCUCUCAUCCAGUGGGUAGAUGAAAUGCUCGACAAAAAUGACAUCUACUUUGUCACCAUGACACAAGUACUUCAAUGGAUGCAGUCACCCACUGAGCUGUCCUCUAUUCGAGACUUCGCACCAUGGAAAGAAAAGUGCGAAGUAAAGGGACAAGCACUUUGCUCUCUGCCUAACGCUUGUCCUCUUACUACUCGGGAGCUUCCAGGAGAAACAAUACGUCUACAUACUUGCGUUGAUUGCCCUCAAAAUUAUCCAUGGUUAGAGGAUCCAACAGGGGACUAUUUCGCAUUCAAAAAAUAAAUAUUUUCUUUUUGUUAUUUUUUCAGCUUAGACAUUUACAUCAUGUUUUCAUACGCUUGUACAGAAAAUAAAGUUACUACCAGUCUUUUUAAA